GCCCGACCCGGCCCGGCUUGACCCUGCCCGGGCGCGCCAUGUUCGCGCGUGGGUCUCGGAGGCGCCGAUCGGGGCGUGCGCCUCCAGAGGCAGAAGACCCAGACCGGGGCCAGCCCUGCAACUCCUGCCGAGAGCAGUGCCCCGGCUUCCUGCUGCACGGCUGGAGAAAGAUCUGCCAACACUGCAAAUGCCCACGGGAGGAGCACGCAGUGCACGCCGUGCCUGUGGACCUGGAACGCAUCAUGUGUCGGCUAAUCUCUGACUUCCAGCGCCACUCCAUCUCAGACGAUGACUCAGGCUGUGCAUCAGAGGAGUAUGCCUGGGUACCCCCGGGCCUGAAGCCUGAGCAGGUAUACCAGUUUUUCAGCUGCCUCCCAGAGGACAAAGUCCCUUAUGUCAACAGUCCCGGGGAGAAAUACAGGAUCAAGCAGCUGCUGCACCAGCUGCCCCCCCAUGACAGUGAGGCACAGUACUGCACGGCACUGGAGGAGGAUGAGAAGAAAGAGCUUAGAGCCUUCAGCCAGCAGCGGAAGCGAGAGAAUUUGGGGCGUGGCACCGUGCGCAUGUUCCCAGUGACUAUCACUGGGGCCAUCUGUGAGGAGUGCGGAAAGCAGAUUGGAGGCGGCGACAUCGCAGUGUUUGCCGGCCGCGCAGGCCUGGGUGCCUGCUGGCACCCGCAGUGCUUCGUGUGCACCACAUGCCGGGAGCUGCUCGUUGACCUCAUCUACUUCUAUCACGCUGGCAAGGUCUACUGUGGGCGCCACCAUGCCGAACGCCUGCGCCCACGCUGCCAGGCCUGCGAUGAGGUGGUCUGCACCCUCCAGAUCAUCUUCUCCCCAGAGUGCACAGAGGCUGAGGGCCGGCACUGGCACAUGGGCCACUUUUGCUGCUUUGAAUGUGAAGCUUCGCUGGGAGGCCAGCGCUAUGUCAUGCGUCAGAGCCGUCCCCACUGCUGCACCUGCUAUGAGGCCCGCCACGCCGAGUACUGUGAUGCCUGUGGAGAGCACAUCGGCCUGGACCAGGGCCAGAUGGCUUAUGAGGGUCAGCACUGGCAUGCCUCAGACCGCUGCUUCUGCUGUAGUCGCUGCGGGCGGCCCCUGCUGGGUCGCCCCUUCCUGCCACGCCGUGGCCUAAUCUUCUGCUCGCGAGCCUGCAGCCUUGGGGCCGAGCCUGCAGCUCCGGGGCCCGGCCCCCGCAGCUGGAGCGAGGGCACGGUCACUGCACCGCUGGCAGCUGACGCAGCCUCUUUCCCGGCUGCUGCGGAGGGGGCGUCUGAGACCUCCUCCAAAGGCACCUGUACCGAGUCCGCGCCUGCUGCAGGCCCGGAGGAGCCCUCCCGCUUUCUGAGAGGGGCCCCUCACCGCCACUCCAUGCCGGAGCUGGGGCUUCGCAGCGUCCCCGAGCCACCCUCAGAGUCCCCCGGCCAGCCGGCCCCAUGCCCCGAGGACAGCACUUUCGGUCGCCAGAGCACUCCGCGGGUCAGCUUCCGAGACCCUCUGGUGUCUGAGGGAGGUCCGCGACGGACCCUGAGUGCACCUCCCGCCCAGCGCCGCAGGCCACGUAGCCCCCCACCCAGGGCCCCCAGUCGCCGCCGCCGUCGCCACCAUCACCACCACCACCGCCACCCUGGCAGACGUCGCCACCACCAGUGCGACCUGGGCUCCGGGUCGGACUCAGGAUCUUGCUCCAGCUCGCCCUCCAGCCCCAGUUCCGAGUCCUCAGAGGAAGAUGGCUUCUUCCUAGGGGAGCGCAUCCCGCUGCCCCCACACCUGUGCAGGCCCGUGCCGGCUCAGGAUGCUGCCACUGAGACCCCCAACUCUGGGUCCCCAUUAUUCCCCGGGGACUCGCGGCCCAGGGUGCCUCGCCAGAGCCGAGACAAGAACUGCAUCGUGGCUUGAAGGCUCCAUUCUCCAGUGUCCAUCACCUCCGCCCUGCACCCCCCCCCCCCACACACACACACAAAAUUUAAAGUCAAAAAUCCCCUUCCUUCCUCUCGCCUCCAUGUGUUUGUAUCAUUGAAGUAAUUUAAUAUUUGUUGUAA